AUGAACACUACGAGUCUGGGCGGGUUUGAGCGGGGAGACACCGUCUGCAGGCCCUCAGGGUGGAGGGACGUGGCACAAUUCUUUUUGCUGAAUUAUGGACUACACGCGGUUACAGUGCUCACGGAACCUGGGAGCAAACCCCUCGCCUCUAUCCUUACAUCAUUCACAGCUAUUUUAAUGCCAUCUGCGGGGAUCCUGCGUGCCUUUGACGAGAUUUGUCUCUUUGCGAUAUGGGGAGCGACAGACCUCGACGUUGCACUACGGGCGGGCGCCCUUUGCAUGUUGGUGCCAACAUUUCCGCCUGAUCUCGAGAAAUCCCCCUCAACGACUGAGGACACCCCGACCCCCGUUGAUCCACAAAAGUCCCCGUCGAAGAUUGAGACGGACCAGAUUUCUCCUGACCUACCUUCUAGCAGUCCUACAUGUACAGUCGAUCGUAGCAAAACGUUCAAGAGCGCAUCGCUCGUGCCAGUUUUUACUUCCCUGACGGAGGUACAUGGCGAAUAUCCAACAGAUCUGAAGGAACUCGCCGUCGGGAUCAAAGAUCUGGAGAACGGAGCCCGCGGGGCUCCUUCACAUCGUGAUUACUCUUUGGUUGUAGUACCGCGCACGUUCACAGUUUGUGGGAAUAUAGACCAGCCCAGCGAUAAGCAAGUCUCCAAAGCGAACAACUAUUAUGGCGUUAUUAAGGACUGGUUCAAGAAGCAAUUCUCCCAAUCGAAGAAGUCCGAAAAUACUCCAUCCGGUCAGGGUUCGGCAUCACUUGAAAAACCGGGGGCGGGAGACUCUGUUGCCCAGGAAGUGCAACAUGCGCCAAAACCGGUGGGUGUUGCUGAUGCCAGUUUAGCCAGUAAUUUUGACUUCGUCAAGACCAUCGCCGCCAUUAUUCAAAUAAUAUAUGGUUCCUUUGAACUGUACCAGGUUUCGAGACCACAACUAAGCCGAUACGGGUAUACCUCUUACCAACUGACUGUCAUCCCAUAUGUCCUCAUGUCGUUGGCGAACCUUAUCGCUGGGCUCACAGGUCCCCGGUACCCCUCGAGAUAUUUGGUUCAUUACCACGGGCUUCACGCUCCUGGUAAGCAGGAGGACCCCAAGGGUGAACAACAAACACCAAGCGGUGGGAGCCAGGAGGUCUAUCCUCAGGGGUGGUGGAACGAAAAUGAAAGGUUGCUAGUAGAGCAACAGACAAGUGGUGCGGUGGGACGGGUCUACGGACACUUUCCAGAACCACAAUGGAUUGAUCAAGUAGUGGUGGGUGGGGGGUUCUGGAGGUGGUAUUUUGACACGCCCAAGCGGGUUUUUGGCGAGCUCAAGCAGGUUCAUGACUCGACCAAGCAGGAUCAUGACUCGACCAAGCAGGUUCAUGACUCGACCAAGCAGGAUCAUGACUCGAUCAAGCAGGUUCAUGACUCGACCAAGCAGGAUCAUGACUCGACCAAGCAGGUUCAUGGCUCGACCAAGCAGGAUUAUCUCUCGCCCCAGCAAGCUAGAAUUUUACAUGAAAUGAAAAGGGCACUUCUUCUCAUGACUAGUAUAUUAUUACUACUAUGGCUCUUUAUAGCCUUUUCAAUAGCACCCUACGUAAUUAUCUAUAUUCUCACCAAAUUUGAUCCAGGUCAUAGUACCGUCAGUCAGCGGUCAUGGAUCAUGUGCUUCUUUAUCCUUACGCAACAGGGUUCACCGCUAUUGGCCCUCAUUAGUGGGAGUAAGAAGUUUCGGUACUUUGCCGGAAGUAAACCAAUUUUGGCCUUCUUAAUCACCGCCCUCAUCACUGCCCUCUUAGCGAUUCCAACUGUAGGUGGAUUUGUUGUAGUGGCUAAGAUGAUGUUGGAAGAUGACACCUGCCGGAGGUUGUAA